AUAUUUCAGAGUAGUUACAAGCCCAGUUGGAAAACAAUGUCUGAUCGUCUUAACAAUUUGGUAAAUCGUUUAGAAGGCGUUACAAAGCGUCUAGAAAAUGUAUCUGUAGGAAAUGGAAUGGGUAGUUCACCAAAAGUAAAUGGUGCUCCCUUAGCAGCUAAUGUUCAGAAUUAUGACUCUGAAGUUGUUCCUGUUCUUCAAGAGUAUGCUAGUUUGAGUAAAAAGAUUGGUGGAGACGUUGCAACCCAUUCGAAUCUCGUUUUGGAUGCUUUCAAUGCCCAACGUCAUGUGAUAAUACUGGCUUGUAAAUGUAAGCAACCGGACGAUGCUACUUUAGCUGGCUUGAUUAAACCACUCUCGGAAAAAAUUCAGGCUAUUACUGCAUUUCGUGAAAAGAAUAGAGCUUCUAAAUUUUUCAACCAUUUAUCCGCCAUUGGUGAAAGUGUUACAGCUUUGGGUUGGGUUACCGUUAAGCCAACUCCUGUUCCGUAUAUUAGGGAAAUGUCGGAUGCUGGACAGUUUUACACAAACCGAGUUCUGAAAGACUUUAAGGAAAAAGAUACUACUCAUGUUGAUUGGGUAAAAGCUUGGCUUCAAACUUUAAACAAACUGCAAGGAUAUGUUAAGCAAGUUUAUACAACUGGCCUAACAUGGACUGUUCAGGGAACGAAUCCUAGCUCAGAGGUUGGAUCUACAUCUGCUCCACCACCACCUGGACCGCCUCCCCCACCUCAAGUUGAUGAUGUUGGCUCUGCUGGAGACUCAGAAUCGAGUAGGGCUGCUCUUUUUGCCGAUCUAAAUAAGGGUUUGAGUGUAACUUCUGGGCUAAAGAAAGUAACUGACGAUAUGAAGACGCAUAAGAAUCCAAAUUUGAAAUCUCAUGGUGUGGUAACCGGAAAUAAAACUUCCAAUGCUACUUCUGCUGCCGGAAAAUCAAAGCAGGAGGUCAAGAAACCUCCGAUGAAAGCUUUACAAAAUAAGAAGUGGAUUGUUGAGUACUUUGACAAUGAUACUGUCACAAUCGAUAAGACUGAGCCCAAGCAGACAGUUUACAUUUACAAAUGUAACAAUACUACUGUUCAAGUUAAGGGUAAAGUUAAUUCAGUCGUUUUGGACACGUCAAAGAAAACGAAUGUAGUUUUUGAUGAAACUAUUGCAACUUUUGAUGUCAUAAAUUGUCAGAGUGUUAAAUGCCAGGUAAGCUAUAAAGCUCCAACGGUUUCAAUUGACAAAACUGAUGGCUGCCUAGUUUAUCUGAGUAAGGAAUAUGCCAACACUCGGAUUGUCACAGCAAAAUCUAGCGAAAUUAAUAUUUCUAUCCCAGAAGGCAAUGAUUUUAAAGAAAUACCGAUCCCGGAACAAUUUGUGACUCUUUGGGAUGAGAAGAAGGGAAAGUUUGUAACUUCGAUUUCCGAUAUCGUUGCCUAG